AUGAUCGGGGCAAGAGCGGGAUGCAGCAAUUGCGAGGACUUUUCAGACCUUGGACGACUUCAAAGCUACGAAAGAAGAGGAAACCUGGACAUACGGAAUUACCUUAAGGUAUACAAUGAGGCUGGUAAAGAGCAGCCUCUGAAGGACGCCGAACUCGAAUACAUUCUUCAGCACUACCCUGAAGCUAACACAAAAGCGUAUUCCAUACCCGAGGGAUAUAUUUUAAGUAGAAAGGACUUUAAAGACUUGAAGAAAGAGGCUCUGAAGGGCAAGGAAGACGUCGGCAUGCCAUUGGAAAAGCUCUCCAUUGCCAUGGUGUUCCACAAAGUGAAAGAUGCAUUCAAGGAUCUGCCCUCCCUCACAGUGGCCGACUAUGCAUUCACAGACACAUUGCUUAAGGGUAUAAACCAACAGCAGAAAAACAAAUUCAUCAAGAUGUUUGGAGUCAACAGUGAAGACCUGGAAUCUGGUGUCCAUGAUGUAUUUGGAAUCGCCAUAUCCGGCCAGGAAAUAUUAGGACUUUUCUUUCAAGUUAAGGCAACAACUUCCAAAGCAAACAUCAGGGUUAUCACUCAUUCGCUUGCAAGUGCAACGAAGCAAAUCAAGAAAGAUUUUAAUGUUUUCCGAACCGGAAUUGUGCUGGAAAAUCCCUCGGAUCAUGAUCCCGAGUCCCCGAUAGCUAAGACCUUCAAGGGCAUAUUUGACCUUUACGUAUGUGCUGCAUCUGCCGUUGACAUUCCUCGAAAUCCAACCCAACUGUUCACCAGGAGCGAAGAACAAAUGAAACAGCUGAAUGCUAUGUUUACUCCCCUGCAGAGAGUAAUUGUGAUGAGCGAAGCGAAGGUUACCUUCAUGUGUGGGGCCAGUGGGACAGGAAAAACUUUCCUCAUCACGAAAAGGGCAUUGGAAUUGGCAAAGAGAGGUGAAGUAUUGGUGAUCAUGGCUUCUGGAAAAAUCAAAACUUCUAAGGAGUUUCAACAAGAUUUCAACGGAAACACGAAGAUACGGGUCGUUGAUUGGAGGCAAAGUGGGACAGAUCAGAACCUGGAAGCUUUGAAGAGUUUCAUAGAACGUAUCGGGAAUGGAAAGCAUGUUCUUAUCGACGACGUCCCGAUAGACCUUGGAUUUUCGGGAAAUCCAACCGCAGAUGCUCUUUCCACUCACUGGGGAUGCAUUGUGGACGUGAGGAAUCAUAUAGAGAGCAUCACAAUCGCGUUCAGGCUUACUGACCAGUUCCACCCUGUAAAUUCGUCUGUGCUCGAUGUGAAGCCUAGAGGCAUCCAUAUGAAAUAUCUUGAAAGAGUGAGAAGGAACAGUGGGAGAAUAACAGAGCUGCUCCAUGCCAUUAAUGAAUAUUCUCGUCGGAUCUUCUUCUUACGCGAGAAGACACUUCAUUUCGAAAUAGAAGAACGUAGGAGGGGUUUCCUCCCCGUCCUCUUUCCGCUUCCCUCUUGCUAUUCCCUUCAUCAUAACAAAUGCAAAGACGAAAUGAAAUGUCGUGCUCUUAGAGCUUCACAUGCCAUUAAGUCCAUCUACGAAGAAUGCCCAACGUCAUCGAACACGAUGCCACUCUUUGUCGUGGUUAACGAUACGCACACGAAGGCAGCUCUUGUGAAUAUCCUCGCCUCCUUCUACUCGCUCCCACUACUCUUCCUAGACCGUGGAAUUGUGCUGGAAAAUCCCUCGGAUCAUGAUCCCGAGUCCCCGAUAGCUAAGACCUUCAAGGGCAUAUUUGACCUUUACGUAUGUGCUGCAUCUGCCGUUGACAUUCCUCGAAAUCCAACCCAACUGUUCACCAGGAGCGAAGAACAAAUGAAACAGCUGAAUGCUAUGUUUACUCCCCUGCAGAGAGUAAUUGUGAUGAGCGAAGCGAAGGUUACCUUCAUGUGUGGGGCCAGUGGGACAGGAAAAACUUUCCUCAUCACGAAAAGGGCAUUGGAAUUGGCAAAGAGAGGUGAAGUAUUGGUGAUCAUGGCUUCUGGAAAAAUCAAAACUUCUAAGGAGUUUCAACAAGAUUUCAACGGUGAGACGACGUCGCACAUAUAA